CGCAGCAUUCUGUGUCAGACACCCGAAUGGCGCUAACGGAGAAGAUCAGAAAGCUGCUCGUGCGACAUAAGUCAACAGAAAAUGGUAUAGCAAAGAAAACCCAUGACGAUGACAACAGCUCCAUCACCAGUUCGACGCCCAAGAGGGAAAAAUGGACCCGGCAGUUCGAUUUUAUCAUGUCAGGGAUAGGGUAUUGCGUCGGACUUGGAAAUCUAUACAGAUUUCCCUAUCUGUGCAUGAGGAAUGGGGGAGGUGCGUUCCUGCUCCCUUAUUUUGUGUGCCUGUUUACUUGCGCCAUCCCGCUCUAUUACCUGGAAGUGGCUCUGGCACAAUACUCCUCUAGCAGUCCACUCACAUUCUGGAGACUAAGUCCUUUAUUCAAAGGUCUAGGCUAUGGUAUGAUAUUCGUGUCUGGUAUAACCUGUAUCUACUACAACGUCAUCAUGGCGUGGGUACUGUAUUUCCUCGGGAUGUCGUUCGCCGCCGAGGUCCCGUGGGGAAACUGUGGGAACGAGUGGAACUCUGACUGCUGCCUCUCCUCUGUUGACGCCGGUCAAAUUCGCAGCAAUUCCACCGGCAGCAAUUCUAGCAUGCCUCUGAACAGCAGUGCCGUUUUCACCUACAGUGACUUCGGGACGAUGUCGGGGGACAACAGAUCCUUGGCGGAGGUAGUGUUCGGGACUGCGAACCAGAGCAGUGGUGGUUUGGUUGGUUUCACUCAAGGCUCUCUAAUCCCUGGCUGUAAUACUACCACCAGCCCAGCUGAGGAAUUCUGGCAGUCUAUGGUACUUGGAAUGUCGUCUGGUAUAGAGGAUCUGGGGACCAUUCGUUGGCAGCUGUUGGUAUGCCUAACAGUGGCCUGGCUCAUAACUUUCCUGUGUUUAAGCAAAGGCGUCAAGUCAACUGGAGUAGUUGUAUAUUUUACAGCAACACUGCCGUAUAUUUGCCUCACCAUACUGAUGGUGCGGGGAGCUACACUGCCCGGAUCUUUGGAGGGUGUAAAGUUUUACCUUGUUCCUAAUUUCACAAAGAUUGCCGAAUUUAAGGUGUGGUGCGAAGCGGGCCUACAAGUGUUCUUCUCUCUCGGAGCCGGUUGGGGAGGUCCAAUCAUUAUGGCCGGCUACAACAAUUUCCAUAACAACAUCAAAAGAGAUGCUUUGCUCAUCCCCAUUGUGAACGGUUUGUCUAGUGUAUAUGGUGGCUUUGUCAUCUUCUCCGUGAUUGGGCACAUGGCGCACGUGGCUCAGCUACCUGUCGAUAAGGUGGUCAAAUCAGGACCCGGUCUUGCUUUUAUAGCCUACCCAGAGGCUAUAGCUCUGAUGCCAUUGUCGCCACUGUGGGCAAUUCUGUUCUUCAUGAUGCUACUGACACUGGGACUUGAUUCACAGUUUGUAACUCUAGAAACCCUGACUGGGAGCGUUAUUGACGAAUUUCCAGAACUUUUAAGGAAACGAAGAACUCUUUUUACAUUCGUGGUCUGUGCCCUCAUGUAUUUUAUCGGAUUCCCAUUGGUAACCAAUGGAGGAAUAUACGUGUUUCAGUUCAUGGACUGGUAUUGUGCGGCCAUUGCUAUCGUCAUCAUAGCCAUCUUUGAGUCAGUGGUUCUGGCCUAUGUCUACGGUGUUAGAAGGAUCUGUGAGGAUAUUGAACAGAUGGUGGGACAACCCACGUUUAUUCUCUGGAAAAUCUGUUGGUGGGCUGUCACCCCCGGUUUGUUGAUGCUCCUGCUGGUGUUCACAUUGUUCAACUAUAAAGCUCCCACCUACGGUAGCUACCAGUAUCCAGAUUGGGCAGAGCCCCUUGGGUGGACGGUUGCAGUCAUCCCUCUCAUCCCGAUUCCAGCAAUUGCCGCCUGGAGACUUUACCAGAGCAAGGAGGAAAACUUGAAAAUGCGUUUCAUGAGGUUACUUCAACCGAGUUUGGACUGGCAUCCACAGGAGCGUGAGCACAGACGAGUUCAGGUCAACGGAAACUGUGUCACGUACACGGCGCCAGAAGACAGCAUACGCUUACCAGACGAGAAAAAAGAAAUUAACGGUGUUGUCUGAGAAUGACGGAUAUAUGUUUGCGGGGACAUCUCUCCUUAACGUUACAGUAUGGUUGAAAUCCGUGCAGCUCAUUCCUUAUUUCAGUUACACGGACUGCAGAGUGAGAAUGAGUGAGCCAAAAUAAGGAUUGAUAACCGGAACGCUUUGCGGUUCGGAGUGGGGUUUUCUGCUGGUAUGGCCGUU